GUGGUCAGAAAGUCUUUCUGGAGGGACAGUGGGUAUAUAAAGGUAUUUCGGAAUUCCAGAUUCCUCAUAGUCAUUGGAAAGGCUUUCUCUCUCCUCUGGCUGCCCUGGGGAUUCAGGGUGAACUGACCAUGGCUAGACUAGAGCUAUUCUAUCUCUGUAUAUGUGCAGCUGCACUCACUGAUGGGAGAGCCAUCAGCAGGAGAGAAGAGAAGCGUUCACGCUUCAAACUUAAGAUAGCUGCUGAUGCACCUGAUGACUCUCUUCUCCCCGGUCAGUGCCGGGUGAGUGGGAUAGCUUUGUUUGAUGGGGCUAUGUGGUCACCCGAACCUUGUUCCGUGUGCCAGUGCCAGAAAGGAACUGUCAGCUGUCACCCAGUUCCCUGUCCUGGAUUAAAUAGCCAUGUGGGGCUAUCUGGUGCUCACAAAAGCAGAAAACCCUCACAUGGUGCAGUUGAGAAAGAGAAAAUCACAGAUAAGAGGAAGAGUCUCCAAAGGAGAGGGGGAAGUGCCAAUCUGGCUGCUAUACCAAGAGCACAGGAAAUUAAACAGAGGAAAGAGACUUUAUCUCCACCAAAAACUGUUGAAUCUGCCAUUGUUUUGAAACCUAUGACCACAAAGAAGAACAAGCAAGAUGAGCCAGUGAAGCCAAAGAUAAGGACAGCCAUUGUGUCUGUAACCAGACGACCAGAUCCUGUGCCAGACCUAAAGAUGACCAAAGACAGCCUUCCUUACCGGCUUUCAGAUGAGGAUGAUGAUGAUGAUGAUGAUGACAAUGAUGACCCUGAUGAUGAUGAUUAUGACGAUGAUGACUACAUUGGGAGAACAGCAGGACAAUCUACAUUGAGAGACACUGCAAGGCCUGCUGUGAGAGCCACUAUACGUCCCCUUUUGGCAUCCACAACAGGCAGAGGGCUUACCACAGCAGGUGGUCAAGCAGUGCUGACCACCACCCGGAGACCAGUGCCCAGAGCACCAGGCCGGCCGGUAGUUACGUUCCCUCAGAGACCCAGCUUCAUGGAAUCUUUGCCUGCAGGAUGUCUGCUGUCCGAGUCGUUGAUCGCCUGUGGCAGCACUGGCAUGUCCCACAUACCCAUUCUCCAUGAUGCAGGGGUUAAGGCCCUCUACCUAGCAGACAACAAAAUAAGUAAGAUUCCUCAGAGAGCUCUGGCUGGUCUGCCCAACCUUGAGUGGCUGGAUCUAAGUAAGAACAAGCUGGAUGACUCCUCCUUCGGCCCAGGCCUCUUCCAGAAUCUGACCAAACUGAGAAGGCUGAUUUUGGAUGGCAACAACCUGACCAACAUUCCUAUGUUUCUCCCGUCAUCUCUGCUGGAGUUAAAGAUGAAUGACAACAAACUCAGUGGCCUCACACCUAGCAGCUUUAAAGGUUUGUCCAAACUACUGACUCUGGAGCUUGAAGACAACCGUUUCCAUGACGGGAAUGUGUCCCCUUUGACCUUUCGACCCUUGAGGAAACUUAUCUAUCUUCGACUGGAGGACAAUAAGUUUCGUGCCAUCCCCUCUGGCCUUCCAGUGUCACUUCAGGAGCUUCAUCUGUCUGAUAAUAGAAUAGAGGAAGUGCAUGCAGGCAUUCUCAACAAGACAGUCCAUCUCAGGCUGUUGGACCUUAGCCAUAACCGUAUCAGAGAGGACCGUAUAUCCCCAAGAGCAUGGAUUCACCUGCUGAAUCUGGAAUCGUUGGACCUUUCCCACAACAAGCUAGUGCACGUUCCCUCCUUUUUACCUGUGGCACUGCGUCAGCUGACCCUGCACCAUAACCAGAUUGAGCGAAUUCCUGGGUACGUGUUUGGUCACAUGCGACCAGGUCUGGAUCUGCUCCACCUAUCCAACAACAGGCUGCGUGAUGAUGGGAUCGAUGAUGUGUCCUUCCUGGGGCUGCACGCCUCUCUGUCAGAGCUACUGCUGGACCACAACCACCUACACUCAAUCCCCCGUGGCCUGCUCAAGCUGAAGAACCUGCAGCUUCUCCGCCUCAAUCACAACCUGAUCAGCUACAUUCCACUCAAUGCCUUGUGUGACACGCACGCCAGUGAAGACUCACCCUUGGUCUCCGUUCACCUGGAGUACAAUUUGAUUGACAGGCGCCUCAUCCCACCUACAGCGUUCUCUUGUAUCAAGACCUACCAUAGCAUUAUUCUACGGCCUCAGAGUCAUGAGGACCAUGAGUAGUAUCAUUGUCUGCCCCUUCUAACCCUUCUCCACCGGCCUGCCUUGUACAUUGACUCAGUAGUGUCACAUACCUUUUACUACAUUUUGUUUGAUUGCUCUAACAUGUCUUUUUGUAUGUAUUUGUUUAACUGGUUCAGUCUGUUAGACCUUGUGAUGUUCUUCCUAUUUCCUCCUACAGGGAGAUAGAGAUGCAAUGACCGUACAGUAUUUGUCUUUUUAAAGCAUUUGUAUAAAGAAAUACAAACUAAAUUAAACAACACUUUGCAAUUCUUA